AUGCAACGGUAUCGUGGGAAGCAGUUCGAGGGAGUGGGCACUCAUGACCGAAUGUCGUCCAUUAUGAGUAUGCAAGGGCCUAAGAGUCAAGAUAUUAGAGCACCCUACGGCAAUGAUGAGGACUUGGUGAGACGUGGGUCGUCGGUUUCCUGCUGUACGUCUUCUCUCAUGCAAAGCGGUGUUGGAAGAAGGCGCCAGCUGAGCACGGGAAUACGAUCGCCUCCUGUUGAGUUUCCAAUGUUUGAGAGAGAAAUUAGGACAACGCAAAACCAUAUGAAUGCCACGCCACGCAGCCGUAUGCUGCGUUCGCCAUUUCCACCAAAUGAAAGGGGCAACGAAAAUGAAAGUACUCCAUUAUCGGCGGCUGGAAGCAGUAACUCAGGGAACUCGGAGAAAAAUAACCUUGACGAAUUUGUCACUUGCGAGCCAGUGGAAGUGGUGAAUGGCAUGAAUCGUGUUUGCGUGUAUGUUCCUUCCUCAAAGGGAGCAGAGACCCCGCGCUCGGGUGCCCUUAAAAUUACUUUUCCGGCACCCGAGCGCUCUAUGGGGACCGCGAGUUACCCAUCGCCUCCCGUUAUGCGUUUCCAGCCUUUAUACUCUCCCUCCCUGCCUUACACGGUCCCAUCACCCGUUCAAGAGGCAUUAAGGUCGCUACUGGAGGAGGCCGCACAGCGGCAGCAGUUGGGAAUCGGGACCAGUAGACGGCAAUCCUUUGUUUGUAACACCGGUGUACAGACGGAACCAGGGACGGAGGUAGAAAGCAUUGCCCCAGGUCAAACCGUUGAAUCCGAUGACACACACUCCAAUCGAGCACAGGAGAACGAACAAGCCCCUUUGUCAUGUGGUGUCUCAAGCCCCGUUUGUCUCAGUGGGACUUUGUCAAGUAUGUCCUCCCCUCGAUCCCCCAGGGAGCCACGUCCCUUGAUGAAGGUGGGUGAAACAGAGAGAGACGAAGGUGAUUCGAAGGUUGAUACGAAACCGGCGCCCGGCGAGCAACAAGAACAAAAAGAUCAAGCGCGGAACGAAGAAAGGGAGAGGGAGGGAACAAAGGAGCAGAGGAAUGUUGGGAGUGCUGCACCUUCCGUAAUGAGUGUGUCAAGUGCAGCGGAGAGUAGUCCCACAGAGCCCCUUAACGCCGCUACAACCGCGGAACAACCACGCGGUGCCUCCGCCUGCGUCUUUAUAGACCUGCAUGGCAUUUGUUCCGCAAAGAACGGAAAAGCGGCAGCUGGCCCCCCUAUACGGGUGCAUGUAACAAACCCUAUACCAGGAACCAACACUAGUGGUACGGGGCACGACACAAAUAUGGAUAAUGUGGACUAUCCAAUGAAGUCGGGGUUGAUGUUAAAUCAACAAAGUGAGCGGUGCCGCAAAUUAGCAUCUCAGAUGUUAGGGCAUGAAACUGCGAACCCCCAACCCACUGCACUGAGCACUGCGCCUUGGUAUCUGCGAACUUCACUAGUUGUUGAACCCAAUGAGUUUAAAAGUCUUCUGCGAAACAGUUGGCGUUGGUCCUCUGGGGAACAUGGCGGACCAGAUAAUGUAGGUGCCCAUGUCUCAUCUUCGACGGAACCGUAUGGUCACACCGCUGAUAUCGCUCAAAACGUAUAUAAUUCAGAAGUUAAGGGACCUCGGCCAACUGCCCCUGACAGCUUAGUUGAGGGACCCUCACGCAGCCCCUCUCAUGCGUCAGGAGCGCCGCGACCAAAGGCGCAGCGGUCAAAAGCUUCUGACGGCAAGCAUCGGGGUAGCAGGCGCAGAGGAAGUCAUUCGUCCACUCGCACAACACGUUCAAAGGACUCUGCGGCUCUACGAACACGCCGAGUCAGUGCUCCUGAUGGGCUGACUGAGGACGGUCCACUUGCCAUGAGCGUUUCUGACAGCUGUACUCAGCGUUCAAAGGGCCCCGAUGCCGUUAUUGAUAUCAGGGGCGAUUUGAAUCCUUCCAUCACUCGUGCACCACCGCCAUCUUCACCUUCAGUAGGUGUGGAGCCUAGUGUUUCUCCUGCAAAUCAGAGAAAUGCAGAAACGGAACAACAUCCCGCGGCGGAGGUGCGGCGCAAACAGAAGACUCGGUGCUGCUGUACAGGCUAG